GAUGCUGGCGUUCACGCUUCAAUCCGAUCGCGUCUAAUCGCAUCGCGGCACGAUGGACAACGCUGGGGUCCCUGGCGUGAUUUAAGAAAGGGAAAGCCCUCAGCGCCACAUAUAUAAAUAUAUAUACACACACACAAUGCACUCCAAUGCCUUUCUCUGGAUGUCUGGGCUCCUGAUAGCACCUCGCUGAGAGAUGAUGCCCGCGUUACGGUUUGCUCGUCGUCCGCUUUAUUUGCGAAAUAAGCCGCUGAACGGACGCUUGACCACUGCGAACCUGCAUUCACGCAUAAAGCCUCUUCUGACCAUCGGCAAGGCACAGGGUAUCUUAUAUACGAGGGCUUGUGAGACACGAUUAAAGUUUCAACGAUGUAAAUCGAGGUCUGGAGUCAGUGAAGUGUCCUCAAUCUAGCACAAACUAGAGCUCGCCAUUGAGAGAAGAUCCCGGACGUUUGUUCAGCGUUUGCUGCGUUUCGCACCAUGAGCCAACAGCCUCAGGCCCCUCAGCAGACGGUGGCGGCGGCCCCGGAUCUGGAAGUGAUCUCCCAGCAGGUGGAGGACGAGGGCCAGUGCAUGGCUCCGGUGCAGCUGGUCAGUUUCGCCUACCGGGACCUUCCUCUCGCCGCCCUGGACCUCUCGCUGGCCGGAUCACAGCUACUGUCCAACCUGGACGAAGAGGAUAACCAGGAGGGGUCGAACUGGCUGAAGCCGUGCUGCGGGAGAAGAGCUGCGCUGUGGCAGGUGUGUUUGCUGAGCGCCGGGUUCAACUGUUUCCUGGUGGCCUGCGUCAUCCUGGUGGUGCUCUUACUGACUCUGGAACUGCUCAUCGAUACCAAGCUCCUGCAGUUUAAUAAUGCGUUCCAGUUCGCCUGCAUCAUCCACUGGAUCAGCCUGGUCAUCCUGUCCGUGUUCUUCACUGAGACCGUGUUUCGGAUUGUGGUGCUCGGGAUAUGGGAUUAUAUCGAGAACAAAGUUGAGGUGUUCGACGGGGCGGUGAUCGUCCUCUCUCUGGCCCCAAUGGUGGCCUCCACGGUGGCCAAUGGUCCCAGCAGCCCCUGGGAUGCCAUCAGCCUGAUCAUCACCCUGCGCAUCUGGAGGGUCAAGCGGAUCAUCGACGCGUAUGUGCUGCAGGUGAAGGUGGAGAUGGAGCUGGAGAUCCAGCAGUACGAGAAAAGCAAAGCAGUGAGAGAAGAGCAGCUGGAGAGACUCACACAGAUCUGCCAGGAGCAGGCCUUUGAGAUCCGGCAGUUGCGAGCUCACCUGGCGCAGCAGGAUCUGGAUUUGGCUGCGGAGCGAGAGGCCGCCAUGCAGAUCCAUCACGUGUGGGGCAAACAGAGCAGCAGCUUCCAGGAGAUCGACGGUCUGAGACCCGCUGGAGCAGAGAACAGCAGAGAGCCCCGAGCUCCAGCAGAGAGUGUCGUACAGGAUGAUAUGAAUAACUACAUCAGUCAGUAUUACAGUGAGCCAAGUAGCGACAUCGGUGUACCUGACCCUGGUGCACGUGUCAUAACCACAGCAGCCAUCGAUGUCCACCUUCCCACCAACCCCAACCAGUUGCCUCCCUCCCUGGUCAGUGCCGAUGGCCCAGGCAGCGGGCAGGAGCGCACGGGCAGCUCUGUAAGUGAAGCAUCCAGCACGACCAUGUCCCGGUCCAGCUGCAGCUUUACAGCCCGGCAGCACAGUGUCAGCAGCCACACACUGGGCUCCACAACUGACUGCAGCUCUACAGUAAGGGAGGCUUCCACCUCCGACUACAGCGGUCAGCGCUGCUGCCCUCCUCCAUACUGCAGCCCUUUGACCCUCGGGACACAACCUGGCAUCCACGACCCCAGCGCAGUGGUCAAAGAGCUGCUCUCUUCCUUGUCUGAGGACUCCUGCCUAGCGCAGAAAGGCAGGGUGGACCCGGUCAACCUUAAAUUACCUAGCCCGGCAGGGUCAGUAAAGGCCAGCCCGGAACUGGAGCACAGGGUGAACAUUUACAACAAGAGAAACCAGGAAAGUCUGGGCGUAUUCCAGACCAAGCCACUAAUUCACCUGCAGGGGACCGAGCCAUCUCUGGACGAGAAGUACAGACUUAUGGAGCCAGCAGAUACUCCACUGAGCCAUAUACCAGACACAUAGAGCAUGAAGAGUGGAACGGUGACCACCAACACCAGCUGAAGCAGCCUCUCUCUUGGCCUCUUUCUGUAUUGCUUACUCAUUGGCUGUGUCCGAAAUGCGAAUAACGGACUUUUGCUGGAAGCACCUACAGAUGUCCUGACUAGAACAGUAACUACAACUUUUCUGUAGACCGUUAUUUGCUGGAGCAUCCACAGGUAGAAAGAGAUCAUGGAUAAUCAUACCUUAGUUUAGGUUGAGAAUCUACAAGAAUUUAAUCUGAUCAAAUUUGAAAACAGACAUAGCCUUGUCUGUCAAUUCUGAUUGAUCAAAAUGUGUAGACUAUAUCUGACUUUAGAGAACUGUGUUAAGGAACUACUCCUCCAGGCUGUAAACUGGGGAAAAAUUGGGUGGUGCUUUCCAGCCAUUAGUCAGCCUGAGUAACUUACAAUCCUUCUUCUGAAAGGUCCACCAUUCUUUCAGAGAUACAAACUACUGGAAGUUAAGUGAUUAUGAAGACAUUAAUUUGGCUCAAGUAGGGUUAAAGCUGAACUCUACAGGAGGAUGUGUCUUACAGGGUAGAGUUAAGGCAGGCAUGCAUGGUGUGAAUUAUGGCGGAAGGAAGAUCCCAUGUCCAUGGACAAGUGAGUUUGUGAAAAUUGUGAUUCACAACUUUAUGACCUGGCGAAUUCCAAAGCAAUUGCAUUAAAGUCCAUGCCAAAAAAACAUGGGAAGAGGAAGAUUUUGCUUUCAGAGACACUCAUGGUUUCUCUCUUGCUCACAUUGGAGCUUAACAAUGUGAGCCAUGAAUAUUUGCUAUACAUACAGGUUUUUUUAGCACCAGAAAUUAUAAAGCCUACUCUGCUGUAAACUAUCAUCUCGAUUAACCCUGUUAUGCAAGAUGCAUCAAACAUCAUGCUCACACUCGUAUGACAGCAAAAAUUGUAUUGUGUGCACUCGCUUUUAGAUGACCACUCAUAUCCAUUAUCCACUUUUAUUUCCCAACUCUUUUCUUGGAGACAAUUCAACAGUCAAUCAAACACACCUCAUUCAACUCAUCAACUCUUAAAAUUGAUUGAACGGGUAAGGGAGGCAAUAAACAUCUAUAAUCUGCAUGGGUGUACAGAAACCACUGGCAAACACUGCUUUACGCAUCUGAGGCAUGAACUAGUGACAGGAAUAGUUUACCGAUCGGUCUGCACCAACUAUAGAAAUGCCUUAUUUUUUUCGACACACUGUUGUUCCCUAUUCAUAUCACACAACCAGCAGCAAGUGGUUCCUUGAAAGAAUGGUUCCUGAUGGAGCAGUAGUAUAGAAAAAGGAAUUGUUGAGGUUGGUUAACUCAACACAAAAGACACAACCUAAUCAGUGUCUUCAGAGUUACUCUACAAUUGCUGGUUGGGGAGUUUGAUCAAGGUUUUAACAAGACGAUGUAAAAGACUCCAAGGUUGGAUUUGAAGCCUGCUUUAGGGUGUGAAGCAGGGGUGCCCAAUCCUGUUCCUGGAGAUCUACCUUCCUGCAAUUUUCAGCUCCAACCCUGAUCAAAAACAACUAAAGCUGCGGUCACACUGGGCUUUUCCUCCCAUAGACUUCCAUUCAUACGCACGUCAAUGCGUCAGACCGGAAACGCAGAGUCAUGCGUUAAGUUUUGGUAAUUAAAGACAGGUGCAUUUGAUCAAAGUUGCAGCUGAACUAUGCAGGAAAUUAAAUCUCCAGGAACAGGAUUGGGCAUCCCUGCUGUAGAGUCAUACAAAAUUGUUGAGUGAUUGGGCAGUAGUUUCUUUUGUUUUCGGACACAGCCAAUCUGUCUCUUUCUUUGUCAACAGCACUAUGAUACUCUCUCCCAGGUUUCAUGUUCUCAGAUAGGGGCACAGGAAGUGACAUCAGGAUAAUGCCCUCUGCUACCCGCCUCAUGCAACGUUCCUUCUUACAGAUGCACAUUUCUCUCUCUCUCUCGCCAACUCUGCAAGAGCACUUGAACUGUCUCACUCCUGCCAAAAAUUGCACAACCUUCCAAGGAGUCAGGGAGAGGUACUUUGGGAGCCAUCAUUGGAAGAUCCUUCAGGAAUUUUAGUGUGUCUGUUGGGCGAGUGUUGUAUGAAACCAGCAAAGACACACUCUUUUAGACGGUAGGCCAAUAUCAGAGUGUGGCUGGAAGACUUAUCAUGUGUUCUCAUUCAGGGUGG